AUGUAUCAUUGUCCACUGACGAUAACCUGUAUUUUCAUUACAGCCCACGUGGAAAUCAGUAAUUACUGCUGCUCUUUACGUAGCUCAUUCAUCUUGUUCUGUUGUUACGUUCAAAUGGAAGGAGACAAGUUUGAAAUCGUAUUUGUAAAUGAUCAUGCGACGCCGCUGCUAUCCGCUGCUUUUGAUGCUGUCUCUUCUUACGAGAACCUCACAACAAAGCGCCUGGACGAAGUGGAAAUAAUGAACCGUUAUCCAAAGCAGCUUCCAAAACGCACCUCAUUUGUGUUUUGCCGAUUCGAAGGUGAAUGUUUCGAACAUCUGCGGUCGAUGGGAGCAGCAAUCUAUGGACCACAGAUAAUCCUGCACUAUGUUCGUGAAAACAAACCGUUACCAAAAGUAUCAUACCCACUCUUCUCAACAGCGCUUAUGGGUGCGAUCGCCACGGUCACUUCGGUAACUGGGUCUGAACGAGAAUAUUUACUUAGUUCGAUUCAAAUGCUGCAUGGACAGGCAUCACGUGACCUCUUCGAUGGCGUGAACGUGGUCAUAACUCCAAAAGUAGGAUCCAAGAAAUACUUGGUUGGCGCUAGUCGUGGCUUGCAUAUUCUGCUUCCUUCGUGGAUCAGCGAAGCUUGGAGGCUAUCUUCUAUUCAAGAUCCAAUCGACAUGAUGCUUCCUGCAUACACGGAACGCUAUCGCGUCCCCGUUUUCUCUCAGCUCGUAAUUUGUGUAUCUGGGUUAUCAGCAGAAGAACGAAAAGAGGUAUCCGACUUGGUUUUAAAGCAUGGUGGUCGUUACUCUGGCGUUAUGAAAGUCGGUGAAACAACACAUCUGAUUAUCAAACAACCAGUUGGGUUGAAAUAUUCGCACGCAAAAAAAUGGAAAAUUCAGACAGUAAGCUUGCGGUGGCUCGUGGAUUCUGUUAACAAGGGUUACGCAUUGGAUGAAGAGGACUAUCGUGUAUCUGAAUCGUGUGAAACCUCAUCCACACCUGUUGGUGAUGCUAACAAACGCUCAUUCUCGUUCGACAACAUAUCUGUGAUCAGUCAUGUGAAUAACGCGUCUACUCGAAUUGAUGAGACCCGCAGUGACUGUCAACAUGCGGAAAGCUUCAUACGACCGAAACUUGUCCCACGUGUGCCUUUGAUACUUAGCAACUGUGUGUUCACCUUGUUCGGCUGCACUAGGGAAGAAAGUGCUUCAUUUUCAAAACUUGUUGGGGAAUUGGGUGGCCACCUCUGCACAGAGCUUCCAGAUCAAGUAUCAGAAGCCGUAACCCAUGUCCUUGUUGGAAGUGCUACAAACGCAACUGCAUUACUGCAAACAAGAGAAAAAGAUAUGCUUUAUGUCAAAGGUUCUUGGUUGGUGGCCUGCAAAGAGUCUGGACAACGUCUAUCAGAGACAAAUUAUCUUGUCCCUCUGACGGAAGAUGCUGAAGAUAGAACAACUGUAGUCUCUGCAGACGAAGAGCCAAAACGGAUUGUUGACACGGAAGACUUGCAGCUGAUCAAUCAAUACUUCGGAUCUGGUGGGCUUGCAGAUAUGGAUGACUUUACAAGUGGCUCUCAAAAUUUAAAACCGACCGUUUCGAAUGAUAAAACUCUUCCUGACGCAACCAAUAUAGAUAUCACUGUUGCCAACGGCUCCACCACUGUCAGUGGUGAUGGCUUUUUUUCUGGCCUAUCCUUUUUACUACAUGAUGAACUGUCUGCCAAAAUACGAGAAGAGCUUAAAAAAUCAAUAUUCUCUUCUGGUGGACGUGUUGUGGACUCACCACAUAAUGUCGAUUUUCUGGUGGCACCAUUUUUUGUGAGUUCAUUUCCGAAGCUCCCGAAAAGCUGCGUGCUCGUGACCGCACCUUGGAUUGAACAUUGUAUAGCUGAAUCAGGUUUACAAGUGGAUGAGCUACUAAAAGAACCGGCGUUUGUGCCCAUAGAACGUACAGGAGCACCUCCGUUGAAGGACUGUGUCAUUUCAAUGAGUGGUUUUGUCGGGAGAGACCGUUCGUUGCUCACAGCAUAUGCCCAAUGCCUUGGAGCUCUUGUACAAGAUUGCUUUCUUCGCAAACCAGUACCUUCACGGAACCUGGCGGCCAGUACCCAUUUGGUCUCUGCCAAACCGGACGGACGAAAAUGGCCUGCUGCCCAGUCGUGGGGUAUACCAACUGUGAGUCGUUCUUGGUUAUAUGCUUGCGCAGAACGGUGGAUGAAGGUCAAAGAGCUUGAUUUCCCCGUCCAGAACCCGAGUGGGGACAUUCCGACUCAAGUUUCAACUUCCAACCCAACCAACGGUCAAUCAGGUAACUUGCUGCAAACAGAAAGAGUCCUGAAAGAAAUCCAAGCAAACACAAAACAAAUGCAACCUAGUGAGCCACAUGACAAACCACACGUAUCUACCCCAGUUCCAGGCCACAAAGUUUCUGGAUCUGACUCAUUACUCGGUACACUCCGCACUCCUGACUGGGUUUGUAACAGUCUACAGACAGACAUAGGUAAUAGCUCUAAAGAUUCUCUUGACAACUUCCCGCGACCUUCUCCACCACUAUCAGAACAAGUGGCAAAGUGUCUGAAGAAUGCCGUUGCGAGAACUGCAGCACUUCCGAAACGCAAGCUCGACCUCUCUUAUGAAGAACCUGAUGCCGCACCCCUGAGAGGGGUUGUCAUUUGUGUGGCAAAGCAUUUGAGUUCACGACAAGUUGAACUGAACGGCAUUACCAGGCAACUUGGUGGGGACUUUAAAUGGAUUUAUGACCCACUAGUGUGUACGCACAUCAUUGCCGAAUAUGAGACUGUUGGCCAAGUUCCUCCUUCGGAUAAUCAAUCCAGUGGGCAACAAGACCCUUAUCCAGAUGUAACGGCUGCUCGAAGUGCCGGAAAAUUCAUUGUGAACCCCAGGUGGCUAACCUCUUGUGAAGCAAGUUCCUCUCGUCAGCCGGAAAGAGAUUUUCCUCCAACCGAAAGCUCACGCCCCGUGCUCGAAACCCCCGAUGAGCCUCCACGCAAAGUAAUCAGAACUGCGUCUUCGAAUCUUCUGGGUGACGUCAGUCGUCGUUUGGAGUUGGUCUUGGGAGUGACGUCAAAAGUGGAUCAACAUGAGGAAGCUCCACUCUCUGGCGUGGGUGGCUCGGAGGUGAGGGGGAAGCGAAGUCCGACAUCUGACGAUGUCACCCACGGCGAAAUUGAAGGUGCCGUGUCCUUUUUAGCAGACACUGCUGGUUCUGGACCACGGAGGCUUAGGCGAAAUCCUCGUCGCGCAACACAUCUUGCUGUUGUGGAACAGGGCUCUGGAACUAAUAUCCCCCCAGAGGUGUCUGGUCCUUCUUCCCCGGCAGCACUACCUAAUCCUACGGACAAAGCGCAACCCGGUCAAUCUUUAAUGGUUCGAUGGAAAUAUGAGGAUGCUCCUCCUCGAUCACCAGAACUCAGCAACCAGUCUGCGCCAUCAUUGGAACAGCAUCGCGCACCUCAUUCCCCGAUGCCUUCCAAUCCGGGGCAGGGUAUCAUGGGAAUUGAGCCGAUCGCAACUCGUGAGCGUGGCAUGAAAAGACCCGCCUCAUCAAUCAGUUUGAUAACCGAGGAUAAACUGACUUCCGUACCACCACAAACCGCGACCAAAGAUGUCCCAGCGUCACGCGAGCCAGAACCGCCGCGGCGCUAUGUCAUUUCGUUCAGUGGCCUGCCCAACGAUGCACGUGAUCACUAUGCGCACGUAGUCAGUCAACUAGGUGGUGAGGUGGACAGCCAAUUGACCAUUAGCGAACACACAACACACCUCAUAGUCCAUACACCGACUCGGAGUGAAAAGUAUUUGAUCUGCCUGGCAACGGGGAAGUGGAUCCUUCACAAGUCCUACUUGGAUGCCUGCCUUCGUGAAUCUCGAUGGGUGGACGAAUGUAAUUUCGAAUGGGGUGGUCCGGGUACGGAACCUUUGCUGAUGCAGCUCAGUCCAGCCGUGCCAGCUGUCGGCCCCAAUGCAAACAAUUCCAAAAUACAUGAACAACGUCAACAAGCAAAUCAGAUGCGCGAGCUGGCACGAGCCGCCAGGCAUUGGCGUCUGGCUGGCGGGAAGGCAUUUAAAAACUGGCGUGUCAUAUUUGGACCGGGAUGUGACAAGGAAACUAGUUUUCGACGGGUGAUCGAAGCAGGGGCCGGGCAGGUUCUUGCGAGUGGUCCUCCAUACCCUCCAGCUUCCUCUGUCACUCACUCAUUUUACAAGAGUCGAUCUUCAACUUCCGUCAACCGCAACCAGUUACCAGCAGAAUACGAGUGGCUGCGUAUUGACUACCUGUUGGCCUAUUUAACUGCGGGAACGGAAGUGUCACGGGAAGGAUUCGCUCUUGGAACUCCUUGAACGGAAUUGGACAAUACAUCACGGACGAUCUUCGUCUGUGUUCUCCACAUUUUUGUGUACAUAAAUGAGUCUCCCAUGGGCAGCUAACUUUUGACUGCUUGUAUCCCUCCCAUCUUCACGGUGUAACUCUGAUACCUCGUGUGACCAAAGAUUUUAUGAAUUCUUAGGAUACCAGAGUGAGAUGAAUAAACGUAAUGUUCAGUUUUACCCACUCAAUAUGAACAAGCUCGUUUCGUUUUUCCCAGAAUCAUUGUGUAUUCGAGGGUUUCUUACAGUUUGGCCCUAGCGAUUAUCUAUUCA